UUUUUAAAAAAUAAAAAUAAAAAAAUAAAAAAUUCCUCUGUGAAUAAGGAAGUGAAAAACCAUGAAAGGCGGUGAAUUGGAUAUCUGAUUGUAAUCUUAUUUUAUUUCUUUUUGGGAUUUUGUCGAUGUAGAUCUAUUGGAUUUUCAGGAUUUAUAGGAGGUGUAGUGUAGAAAGUUAAAGAAUUUGUUUGGUUUGCUCGAAAGUGAUGAGAGGAAGUGAAAAUUCUGGCUUUUCUUGUGAAAUGGUUAAUUUUUCGGAGAAUUUGGAGUAGAACAAUUGUAGGUUUACGGGAAAAUGCAAUUUUUAUGUAUUCGGAGACUGGGAAAGUACCACAUCACAAGAAAUUUGCUUCCUUCCAUCUUCCAGUCGUAUUCUUAUCCACAACCAAAAGCAUUUGUUGAUUUACGAUUUAGUGAAGAGCUGCACGUAUGCCCUUGAGCUUGCUGUGGGUUUGUCUGAAUCCUCUGAAGACUAAAGGUUGAAACUCUUCCUUUUGCUGUGGUCUGAAAUGUCAGGCCUAGAAGGACUGGGGUUUCACGACGAAAAUAGAGAGAGAAAAUCAGAUUUUGAGAAUUCCGAAGAUGAGAGACGGCGAUCGAAAAUUGGAAACCUCAAGAAGAAGGCUAUAAGUGCUUCAAAUAAGUUUACCCAUUCUCUUAAGAAAAGAGGGAAAAGGAAAAUUGAUUACAGGGUUCCGCCAGUUCCAAUUGAGGAUGUGCGGGAUGCGAAUGAGGAGAGUGCUGUCUGUGAAUUGCGUCAAAAACUCAUUGACAGGGACUUGUUGCCUCCCAGGCAUGAUGACUAUCAUACUUUGUUGAGAUUUUUGAAAGCUAGGGACUUUAACAUCGAAAAAACAAUCCUGAUGUGGGAAGAAAUGCUCAAUUGGAGAAAAGAAUAUGGAACGGACACUGUUUUGGAGGAUUUUGAAUUUGAAGAGCUGGAAGAAGUCUUACAGUAUUAUCCACAAGGGUACCAUGGAGUUGACAAGGAAGGCAGGUCAGUUUACAUCGAGAGGCUUGGGAAAGCUCAUCCAAGUAGGCUCAUGCGCAUUACCACAAUAGAUCGAUACUUAAAGUACCAUGUCCAAGAGUUUGAAAGGGCUUUACAGGAGAAAUUUCCUGCUUGUUCGAUUGCAGCAAAAAGGCGGAUCUGUUCGACAACAACAAUACUGGAUGUCCAGGGCUUGGGCAUUAAGAAUUUCACCCGGACUGCAGCAAAUCUCUUGGCUGCCAUGACAAAAAUUGACAACAGUUACUACCCUGAGACUUUACAUCGAAUGUACAUUGUCAAUGCUGGUCCUGGCUUCAAAAAGAUGCUUUGGCCUGCUGCACAGAAGUUUCUUGAUGCAAAGACUAUUACAAAGAUACAGGUUCUGGAACCCAAAUCGUUGUCUAAAUUACUGGAAGUCAUAGAUUCAAGUCAGUUGCCAGACUUCUUGGGUGGUUCAUGUACUUGUUCCACAGAAGGAGGGUGCCUUAGAUCUAAUAAAGGCCCAUGGAAUAAUCCUGACAUAAUGAAGCUCGUACAUCAAGUGGAAGCCACAUUUGUGAGGCAAAUUACCAGAGUUUCUAUUGACCAGCAGAAAUUCGACGCUUAUACCAAGAUACGUCCACUGAAGGGAAGAUUUAGUGAUACAUCAACAGCAGAGUCAGGGUCUGAUAUUGAUGAUCCUUGUUCUCCAUCAGGACGGCAGAGCUCCACAUUUCCUCGUUUGGACCCAGUUCAUGAAGAAGUCAAGGCAUCAGAUCCAAUUGCCUACUACAGUUGUGAUGAUAAUUUUCCUCUGGUUGAGAAGGCUGUGAGAAGUGAUCAAGUAGAGGGACAUUCCCAGGAUCGACCCCUUAGAAUUGAUAAAACAGAUAAUGCUCCUUGUGAGGGAACAUCAAAUUUGGAAGGCACUCCAGUAAAGCGUUGGUUCAACACUGUUAAGGAAAUAGUUGAGAAAAGUGAUUUUCAAUAUGUUGCAAGAGCACUGAUAUCCUUCUUGGUCAGACUAGUUGCAUUUUUCCGUACUCUACGGAUUGAAUUCGGGGGAAGGCAGAAUAAUGUUUACCCAUCUAAUUCACUGGAAAACAACAUUAAUGGUCAUUCAGCAGCUGUUGAAGCUUUGAAUGAAGAAGACCGUGUCGGUCCAUGCAUACAGCGUCUUGAUAAACUGGAAAAGGUAUUUGGGGAACUUAGCAGCAAACCUGCUGUAAUUCCUUUGGAAAAGGAACGGAUGAUUAUGGAAUCUUUGCACAGGAUCAAGUCUGUUGAGGUCGACCUCGAACAAACAAAGAAAGCACUACAUUCUACAGCAGUGAGGCAACUAGAGAUUGCUGAGUUGCUAGAAAAGUUACACGAGUCUAAAUGUCAUCGAAGAAGACUGUUCUGUUAAAUGCUCGGAAGAUUGACCGUAAUAGAACAAAGUUACAUGUGCCGCGCCGGAGAGGAGGUCGAUGCAGGCAAGCAUGCCAUUUCCCGGGGCAUUCUUGGGAGCGGGACAUACUCGGAAGAAAAUCUUUUUUGUCUUUUUUAAUCUCCUACGGUGAGUAGCGAGCACUUGACAUAAUUUAUCAGUCGAGCUGUAUGGGUUGUUCCCCCUCAGCUUUCGAACAAUGUAGAGAAGAAAAAGUUCACGAAAUAUUUAUCUUUACAGCA